AAACGAAGAAAACGGGUGGAGAGAAAAAUAUAACACAGUUAAACUUGGAGAAAUGCGAACAGGCAUCUAUUUUACUUGACAAUCUGAGCACAUUUGAGGAGAUGGGUAGUACCAUCGAAGAAGGGAGAUGUUAUAAAGAUAACUCCGUCGAUCAUGCGUCUUUGUUUAAUUGGCAAAUGAGGAGGGUGGAGGAGAAGAAGAAGUUCCCCUUUAGUGGAAAACUCACAGAAGAAAAUUUGAUCUCCGAUUUGUACAGAUAUGUAGGUGUGCCUGGGGGUGACUCUGAGUGUAUUCCCUAUAAAAGGGGUAUCCCCAGAAGGGGAGAAAAUAUGAGUUACUUUUCCCACACGGAUGAUGGAGAAGAGGUGUCAAGCGAGAGUUACAAAAGGGGAGAGGCAAAAGGAAGACAUUCACCAAGAAGUGACUCCAUCGUAAAACACUACAACGAGAAUAUACAAACAGCAUGUCCUAAAGAAGGAUACAAUGUUAAGGAAAAAAAAAGGAUGAAUGUAAAUAAAUAUGUGUUCAAUUUGAGGACAGCUAGGAAAGAACGGAUAAAAGAGAAAAAAGGAAGUUGUAAUAACACAGAAAGGAUCAUUACGUAUGUAAAGAAAUGCGAUAGAGAUGUGAUAGACUAUCGGAAGGAAAAGAAGCUGAAGGAACAAACACGGAUGCAUGAGGAGGAAAAGGAAAAAAUGAAAACGAACUUCGAAGAGAUGAUAAAAGACAUGACAGAAAAAUAUCAAACACAGGAAGAAAAAAAAAAAAAUUAAAUGAAGAGCAUAACUGAAAAUGUAAAAUAUGAAAAUAAAAAAUUCAAAGAGGAAGUAAACAGAUUAACUACCAACCCUGUGGAGAGGACCCUCCUGGAUUGUUAUAAAAGCAAGCUAGACGAGUAUAUAGCCUUAGCUAACUGUAAGGGGAAUAAGAUUCAGCAGUUGGAGAGGGAAGUGAUAUCUGUGAGGACCUCCGCAGAGUUACUCUCCAAAAAAAAUGCAACUCUGACGGAGGAUAAGAAACGCUUACUCAAGGGCAGUGAGAAUUUGAAGAGGGACAACAUACAGCUGCAAACCGAAUUGGAAAAUGCAAGACGGGAGAAUCAGCAACUGAGAGAUGAACUCUUUUAUAAGGAUAUGAAAAUGAACUACCUGGUCAGCAUCUUGAACGUGGUCGAUGAGACCAUCCUGGGUGACGGCGGGGGGGGAGCGACUCAAAGAGUGGGAGCUGCCCAAAGGAGAGGAGCUGCUCAUAAGGGGGGCCCCGAAGGGAAUCACCAAACAGACAAGCAUCCCGCUAUGAGCGGUGCGAAAAAGACUGCCCAACGUGACACGAAACCGGAGGGAUGUGCCAUCCAAAAGAUGAACAAAAAAAUAUUGAUCAAAUCGAUCGUCCAAAAAAUAAAGGACAUAAAUAAGAAGAUCCACAAAGAGGGGGAUACAGUGGGAGCGUUACCAAGCAACGUGGAGGUCGUAGAAGAGGAGACAUCCGCAGAGGUCAUCACACGGAAGGACAAACACGAGGGGGGGAGAAACCAAAGUGACAGUCGUCAACUAAUGGAAGCCUAUUUCAAUUGCAACUUUACGCUCAACGAGAGUGCACGGGAUGGCUCAACGGGGGAAAAUACACACGCAGCUUUUUUCGUGAAUGGUGAUCAGCUGGACCAAGUGGGGAACGACCCUAGCGCUGUUGCCUCGGUGACGGGGGAGGACGGAGCAGAACCGAGUCACGGCGCGGAGUAG